CAGCGCUGGAUGUUACACUAUUUUCGGGAAUGGGACGUUACUUGACAGGAAGAGUUAGAAGAUUGUGGCUCCGCUCUCAACUCUAAACACCGAAACAAGGUGGUCGGAUUAGCUCUAAAAGCAGUGUUUUGGAGUUACAAUAUAGUUAGCUAUAGGUAUAUUUUAAAUACAACAAUAAUUCACAAUCAUUAGCUGAGCAGGACCGAGAGUUCUGUUCUGGAUCUAAUGAACAAAACGAAACGGAAGUAAUUCGCCAGCAGCCUGGCUUGAUAGUAGGGUCUUGAUGCCAAGUCUUGGUUUGAUGGAGCUUAGCAGGCAGCUGUGUGGGAAGAUGAGGAGGAGGAGGGCUGAGGUUCCUGACAGCACCCCCCUGCGGGGCCUGGAGAUCCACUUCUACCUGCUCGACAUCCACCAGCUGGUGCACUUCAAAGACUGCCACACUACAGAGGAGCUGUGCGAGGAGGCCGCCAAGCGAUGCAACAUCUCUCCCCUGUGCCACAACCUGUUUGCCCUGUACGAGGAGAGCAGAGACCUGUGGUACCCCCCCAAUCACACCUUCAAGAUCAGCGAGGACACCAGCAUCAAGCUGCACUACCGCAUCCGGUUCUACUUCUCCAACUGGCACGGCACCAGCGAGGGAGAGUCUCCUGUGUGGAGGCACUGCAUCAGCAAGCUGAAGGGAAACCUUAGCCCCCAGAAGCCCCCCGAGGGGACCCCCCUCCUGGACGCCGCCUCCCUCAACUACCUGUUCGCUCAGGGCCAGUAUGACUUCCUGAAGGGGCUGGCUCCUGUGCGGAGCCCCCAGAGUGAGGCGGAGGUUCAUGAGAUUGAGAACGAGUGUCUGGGGAUGGCUGUGCUGGCUAUUACUCACCACGCCAUGACGAAGGACAUCCCCCUGCCCACCGCCUCGGCCGAGAUCAGCUACAAGCGCUUCAUCCCAGAGGCCCUGAACCGCAACAUCAAACAGCGCAACAUCCUGACGCGCAUCCGCAUCAACAACGUCUUCAAGAACUUCCUCAACGAGUUCAACCAGCGCACGGUGAAGGACAGCAACAUCACGCUGUACGACCUGAAGAUCAAGUACCUGUCCACGCUGGAAGGCCUGGCCCGGGGCCUGGGCAGCGAGCAGCUGGAGCCUGUGUCCACGCGAGUCUCCCCGGAGGGGGAGGCCAACGGGCAUGGCCCCGCGGCAGGGAGCCCUGCGGCAGGAAGCCCUGCGGCAGGGGGCCCCACCCAGAUCCUGGUCACCGGGACAACAGGCAUCUCCUGGAGGAGGAAGCCCCCGCAUGACGCCCUGAUGGUGAAAGAGAAGAGCAAGUCGAAGAAGAGCCAAGCGGACGCCAAGCAGAACAACAACAAGAAGAAGGAUCCCGCCGAUGGCUGGGUUACCUUCUGUGACUUCCACGAGAUCACACACAUCGUCAUCAAGGAGGCCACUGUCACCAUCUUCAAACAGGACAACAAGAAGAUGGAGGUGGAGCUGCGUUUCCGGGCCGAGGCACUGGCCUUCGCAGCCCUGGUGGACGGAUACUUCCGCCUGACGGUGGACGCUCAUCAUUACCUGUGCACCGAGGUGGCGCCGGCGUCCGUGGUCCAGAACCUCCAGAACGGCUGUCAUGGACCCAUUAGUACAGAGUAUGCCAUCCGUAAGCUUCACCUGGAGGGAGAUGAGGAGGCGUAUGUGCUGCGCUGGAGCUGCACCGACUACAACUACAUCAUCAUGACCGUGGUGUGCAGCGAGAUGGAUGUGAGAGAGUCUCGUCAGGUGCGUCAGUAUAAGAACUUCCAGGUGGAGGUGAGCCCUGAGGGGUAUCGUCUGUACGGGACCGACACCCUGCGGUCCACCCUGCGGACUCUGCUGGACCACCUGGCUGGACAGAACCUGCGCACGGACACCAUGCGCUUCCAGCUGCAUCGCUGCUGCCCUCCUCAGCCCCGAGAGGUGUCAAACCUGCUGGUGGUGACUAAGGACAGAGCGCUGGUACCUCAGACUCACAUGCAGGAGAGCCAACUCAGCUUCCACAGGAUCCUGAAGGAGGAGAUCACACAGGGGGAGCACCUGGGCCGGGGCACGCGCACCAACAUCUUUGCGGGGACGCUGCGCGUGAAGAGCGAGGAGGACGAGGACGACGGCUACUGCUCCUUCCAGGAGGUGAAGGUGGUGCUGAAGGUGCUGGGGUCCGGCCACAGAGACAUCUCCCUGGCCUUCUUUGAGACCGCUAGUAUGAUGCGUCAGGUUUCUCACAAGCACAUCGCCCUGCUGUACGGUGUCUGCGUACGUCACCUGGAGAAUAUCAUGGUGGAGGAGUUUGUUCAGCUGGGGCCUCUGGACGUGUUCAUGAGGACCCGAGACAGAUGCAGCCCCCUCAGUACUCCCUGGAAGUUCCAGGUGGCUACACAGCUAGCCAGCGCUCUCAGCUACCUGGAGGAUAAGAAGCUGGUUCAUGGCUUUGUGUGCACCAAGAACAUCCUACUGGCUCGAGAUGGUGUGGAGAGUAAGGAAGGGCCCUUCAUCAAGCUGAGCGAUCCUGGCAUCCCUAUCACCGUGCUCAGCAGAGAAGGUACACACACACACCUAC